AUGUCUGGACGACACUUCAACUUCAUCGCGUUCGCGGCUUUGUUCGUCACAAUCACGCCAGUGAAUGGUCCGUUGCUCCAACGUUCGUCGACAGUAGGCGUCAAAUCCAUAGGAUCACGGGCGACCCUGCAAUUGCCCAUCACGCGUAGAGUCUGGGCGCCGACGGGCUUUACCUCUGGAGAGUAUUGCCGUCGAGACAUAUUGAAAAUCGAUGCGCUUGUUUCGACGCGGUGGCUGACGGGUCAGGCCUACUAUAGGAGCGGCCCCAUCGUCAUCAGCGGUACUGGAUGUCCCGGCGAUGCCACCUGCCCCGGCCGUCUGACAGGCGUAGGCCUUACCGUGAACUGUUCGAGUGCCAGCGCCGACUUUUCGGUCGAAAAGACCGACGGCACUUCCUCUAUCAGAUGGGAAUCUGUCAACGGAACAGAUGUCUUCUACAGCAAAGUGUCCUGGAACGCCGCAUCACCCGGAAACCUCUCCCUGAGUAUCCAAUACAAAGCUACUCCAGACAUCAAUGGCCAGCUCGUGGUCAUAAACUGCACGCUGCAGACUGCAACGGUACAAUAUCCAGUCAAUAUCGAUGGUAACAGCUCCAGGAUAGCACUGACACCUGGGACUUCUGUCUUCGACGAUGUCUUAUUGUCGAUGAAUCCCCCCCCAGAAGCUAUGUAUGGGCUAGACUCGGAGAUUGGUGGGUAUGCGUUAGUAUUGAGCAUACGGUUCAAUGCCUGGACGUACCUUCGCUGGGUCGGCGCUGCUGGCUACGAGCUACGAUCACAAGGCCCUCUUGGGCCACAAUUCGCGUCAAUGGAGGAUGUCGACGACUUUUUCGAAGGUGUGUCGAAUGUCAAGUUCAAUGACCCAACUCCAUAUCUCCUCCACCAAGCACACGAGCUCCUGUUCCGUACCGCCCUGGUCCAGGGAAAUGGCACGUCGAUGGAGCUUGUCCAGGGUGCUUCUCAAAUCCGUACUGCGGGCGUCUACGUUUCCCAUUACGAGUUUCUUGGGAUUGCUGUCGCAAUCAGCCUAGUAGCUGUGAGCAUCGUGAUUGCUGCAUAUGCUGGAUAUUGCCACCUCGGGCGCGAAGUCUCGAUGAGCCCCAUUGAGAUCGCCAAAGCGUUCAAUGCUCCUCUACUGCCUCAUGAGCCCUCGAACGCUAACGCUGACGAACUCACAAAGUCGGCAGGUGGGACGCCGGUGCGGUAUGGACUUCUAUCCGAGAAAGGCUUUGGGCAGAACACAGAAUACAGAGCGAUCAUCCAGCGUGUAGCGAUAGACCCAGAUGAUAGUUGGUUUGAGAUCGCGGACCCAUCCGCGGUGAGAUCGUUGAGGCGGUAG